UGUUCAUCAUUCUUUCCUUCAGACUUGCCUCCGGAGCUGUAAGAGUAAAGCCAGAGACAGCAUCUUUGGCUUUUGGUGCUUUCUGCAAUGGCCUCUUACACAGCCUACAGUGGCUAUACCAAGCCACCAAUGUCCUAUGCUGGGUCUUACUAUGACCCAAAUUUGCAGAAGCUACCCCAGGCCUACACAGAUUACCAAAAUAACCCAGAUUACCAGGACUCCGUUUACGAGGAAAAGAAAAAAGCUGAGAAGAGGAAACGCCGUAACGAAGUCUGCUGUGAGAUUGUGGCUCUCGUCAUUGGUUUUCUUGGACUGAUAGGAGUAGCAGCGGUGACUGGCUUGCCCAUGUGGAAAGUAACAGCCUUCAUUGAGGAAAACAUCAUUGUGAUGGAAACUCGCUGGGAAGGUUUGUGGAUGAACUGCUACAGACAAGCCAACAUAAGGAUGCAGUGCAAGGUGUACGAUUCCCUGCUGUUCCUACCACCAGAUCUCCAAGCAGCCAGAGGCCUCAUGUGCUGCGCUGUGGCUCUCACAUGCUUCGCCCUGGUUGUUUCAGUGGUGGGAAUGAAAUGUACCAAGAUGGUGGACCACCGUGCUCGAACAAAACACAUUGUCCUUGUGACUGGAGGCUGUCUCUUCCUCGUGGCCUGUGUCACUACCCUGAUCCCAGUGUCCUGGACUGGCCAUGUCAUCAUUCAGGACUUCUACAACCCACUGCUGAUUGAUGCCCAACGAAGAGAGCUUGGGGAGGCUCUGUACAUCGGCUGGAUGACGUCUGGUUUGCUUUUCUCAGCUGGAGUGAUCCUGCUGUGCCGCCAUGCUCCACACACCAAUAUAGAAGAGGAGAGGGUCAUAUACAACCCUGGAAGUAUCUAUCAACCUGCAUACGCAUACCAGCCGUACUCAUACCAACCAGAAUACAACUACCAACCUGCAUACUCUGCACCCCCACCAAGAUCUGUGGGAUAUGCUCUGAGUCAGUACUAGGUGAUUUUCGGACUUGAUUUUUAAACCAGAAAAACAUGGUUAAAAUGAAAAGGAUGAUGGAGUGACAAAGACAGGGGAUAACUAGACAAGGCCCAUUUAUUACUUUAAAAAGUCUAUUGCUAAGACUGAAAUGUUUUAUGAAUGUGAUUGAGUUUGAUCAUGAAGACCUUUGCCGAAAUGAUUGUCUUUGUUUUACUGUGGGUGUUUUACAUCCUUCAUAAUGAUAAAGCAGGGAUGUGAUAACAAUGUCUAUAGAAUCUGCACCCAUGCUCAUUUGAGUUAAAAUUAUGCACUAGCUUUUUUUUCAUACCUGUAGGUAACUUCUGUUUACUUGUGAGAUUGUGUGUAUAUAUAUAUAUAUAUAUAUAUAUAUUCUUUUUCAAAACCGAUAGUAAGAAAUUAUAUCAGCUGUUAUACAAAAUAAAAAA